UCUUUCCUUCCUCACACAAGAUCUAUUGCAAAACACAGCUCUUCACACAGAACCUUCCUCUCUUCUUAUCGUGAAUAGGUGUUCUCUUGCCAUUCUUUCUUUCUUAUAAAGCUGCUUUUGGUGUCCAGUGGCUGAUGAACCUUUAGGGACAGGAUGAUUCUCCGACUGACAUAUUCCUUGUAUUGGGACAGUGCAAAUUAGAUUUUUGCCUUUUAUAAGAUAUGUAUAUAGUACCCUAUCAGCAGAGAGAACCAACAAGGACUUGAAAAUGAAUGCAGAGCAGCUUCAUGGGAUGUUAGGAGUGUGAAGAACGGCAAAGUUAACUGCACAGGAAAGGUGGUUUAAACCACUGUGAAACAGAGACGUUGCUUGCAAAACAAAAGUGACUUAUCAGGCUGUUAUGGAAUGGUCUUAUUCCUGACUACUUUGCUACUUCAUCCAGAGGUGGAAUUUCAUGAUCUUCUCAAAGGAUUACAAAUAUGUUAAUGCAAUUUUAUACCAGUGAUUACCCCUGUUAAAUUAUUUGGGUUCAGUCUGAGCUUCUCUGCUGUGUAUAGUAACUUACUGUAAACAGUAACAUGAGAAUAUAACCAAAGGGGCACUCAUGGCUCAGCAAAGAAGAGAGAGGCACGAGGGCCAGCACAAUGGUAGGUUCUCCUCACGAGUGACUCAUGUACUUCACAGUGCGUCAGCCUCGGUUCUCCGCUCCCUACCCAGGAGAGGAUGGAAGAAAAGCGCCCAUGCCGCUUAUUUUGAUGACAUCAUGCAACAGGAGACCUUUCCAAUCUGUGCAGCCGAUAUUGAGGAUCAGCUAAGAAAGCAGUUUGCCUACUUGUCAGGUGGAAGAGGGGAAAAUGGCUGUCCAGUCGUCACAUUCCCUGAAUACCCAGCAUUUAGCGAGAUUCCAGAAAAAGAGUUCCAGAAUGUACUCACCUAUCUGACAAGUGUCCCAAUUUUACAAGAUGCGGGAAUUGGCUUCAUCUUAGUGAUAGACAGAAGGCUGGACAAAUGGACCUCAGUGAAAGCCUCUAUCCUGAGGAUUGCGGCAUCUUUUCCUGGGAAUUUACAGCUUGUUAUAGUCCUGCGCCCAUCAGGACUAUUGCAGCGCACCCUCUCGGAUAUUGCAUUCAAAUUCAACAAAGAUGACUUUAAAAUGAAAGUACCGAUCAUAAUGCUGAAUUCAGCAACAGAACUCCAUAGUUAUAUUGACAAGACCCAGCUGACUCGAGAUCUUGGUGGCACUCUGGAUUACUGCCAUACUAACUGGCUCUCACAUCGCACUGCUAUUGAAAACUUUGCUGUCAUGGUGAAACAAACAGCCCAAAUGCUCCAGUCUUUUGGGACAGAGCUGGCAGAGACAGAGCUGCCAAAUGAUGUUCCCUCUACAAGCUUGCUGCUCCACGCACACACAGAGAAAAAGGAAAAAAUGAAGGAUCACCUUAAGAUAGCACUGACACAGGGAUGUGACAUUUUGAACAAGAUCAUGGAGCCACGUAAAGAGAACCCUGAGUAUAGGAUGAAUCAGGACCAACUGGAUAACCAAACUACUGUGGAAAGGCUUCUUUUGCAAUUAAAUGAAACAGAAGCUGCUUUUGAUGAGUUUUGGUCUAAACAUGAACAGAAGCUUGAACAGUGUUUACAGCUGCGUCAUUUUGAGUUAAACUUCAGAGAGAUUUCUACAAGUCUGGAUGGUAUUUCUGAGAGGCUAGAAGCUUUUACAGAUGUUGGAAACAGCUGCUCCCAUGCUGAACACAUCCUGAAGGACUUCUGUAACUUUGAAGUUAAAUCCCGAGAAGUUUUACAGACAGCCCAGAAUUUAGUCAGAGAAGGUGAUCAACUCAUUAAAAGUAAUCACUAUGCUGUGGACUCCAUUCUUCCAAAAUGCGACGAGAUUGGUCACUUAUGUGACAGCAUUAGCAACACUAUUCAGCAGAGACGGCAAAACCUUCACAAAUCCUUGGAACUUCACAGACAUUUGGAGAAGACAAUGAAGUGGUGUGAUGAAGGGAUUUUCUUGCUGGCGUCCCAACCUGUGGAUAAGUUCCAGUCUCAGGAUGGGGCCGAAGCUGCACUUCAGGAGAUUACAAGGUUUCUAGAGACUGGAACAGAUAUAACCAUGAAAGAUUUGGCUUUCAUUUUGAAGAUGUACAACUCGAUUCUCACUCCAGAACUCCAGGAACAUGUCAAUAAGGUAUACCAGAAGCAGGAAAGCAUGCAGGAGAUGUUUGAGAAAAGGAAAGGUAGCCUUAGAAAACUUGCAGCAAAGCAAACCAGACCUGUCCAGCCUGUUGCACCUAGACCAGAAGCAAUUUCCAAGUCUCCUACCUCCUCUCCAGGUCUUCAUAGGUCUUCUGAAAGCAGAUAUAGCUCAGGAAGUAUUCAACGACGGAUAAAUUAUCGCAGAGCCAAGAGCGAAGUGGAUGGUAGUCAGAUGAGAAGUACAUCAGUGAUGGAAGACGAAGAAAAUCUAGCAGUGUUAAGAAGACAUGUCAUGAAUGAACUUAUUGAGACAGAAAGGGCAUAUGUGGAAGAACUUCUAUCUGUGAUUGAGGGUUAUGCUGCUGAAAUGAAUAAUCCUCUAGUGAUGGACCUUAUCCCCUCAGUGCUCCAGAAUAAGAAGGAUGUUCUUUUCGGCAACAUGGAAGAAAUUUACCAGUUUCAUAACAGAAUAUUUCUGAGAGAGCUGGAACAUUAUAGAGACUAUCCAGAACUAGUGGGAAGGUGUUUUUUGGAAAGGAUGGAAGAUUUCCAGAUCUAUGAAAAGUACUGCCAGAACAAGCCACGGUCAGAGAGUUUGUGGAGGCAAUGCUCCGAUGCUGCUUUCUUCCAGGAUUGCCAAAAGAAACUGGACCAUAAACUCAGCCUGGAUUCCUAUCUUCUAAAGCCGGUGCAAAGGAUAACAAAGUAUCAGCUUCUGUUAAAGGAAAUGCUUAAGUAUAGUAAAAACUGUGAAGGAGCUGAAGAUCUUCAGGAAGCACUUGCCUCUAUAUUGGGCAUUCUUAAAGCUGUCAAUGAUUCCAUGCAUCAGAUAGCAAUCACUGGAUAUGAGGGGAACUUACAUGAACUUGGUAAACUCUUAAUGCAAGGAUCAUUUAAUGUAUGGACAGAGCACAAGAAGGGCCAUUCCAAAGUAAAGGACCUUGCUAGGUUUAAACCAAUGCAAAGACACCUGUUUCUGCAUGAAAAAGCUGUGCUGUUCUGCAAGAAGAGGGAUGAGAAUGGGGAGGGCUAUGAGAAGGCACCAUCCUACAGCUACAAACAUUCCUUGAAUAUGAUGUUUGUUGGAAUUACUGAGUAUGUAAAAGGAGACAAUAGGAAAUUUGAAAUUUGGUACAACGCAAGGGAGGAGGUUUAUAUUGUGCAGGCACCAACCACAGAAGUAAAGGCCACCUGGGUAAAUGAAAUCAGAAAGGUGCUGACAAGCCAGUUAAAGGCACACAGAGAUGCCAGCCACCAUAAAUCGGCAGAGCACGCAAACAGCUUACCUACUCCUCUCCCAUCCAGUACUAGUCCCCUGAGAAACAAAUCUGGGAAGAUCAAAAAGCUGGAGGAAAGAAAAACUGAGCCUUUAUUGAAUCCGGAUGUCUCCUUAACAUCUGUACCAAAAUACCUUGAAAAAGGCAAAGAUGGCACAGUAACUAGUCCUACCUCAGACUCUUCUGCCUUGUCAAAAAAGCGGUUCACUUUGCAGGGUUUUUCAAACCUCAAAAGUCAGAAAGCCUCUCCUACCAGCCCAGACAAAAAAGCUAAACGCCAUGAAGUAAAGAGUGACCCAACUCCCUUUGGUUUAAGAGGUUGGAACAGAGCAUCACAUUCACUUGAUGUCUCUGAAGAAAAUAAUGAAGAUUGGUCUAGCGGAGAGGAUCCAAUUAACUCUUCAGAUGCAGAAGAAGAUGGAGGAGGUGAUGCACCAGAGAAAAAGCUAACUCCUGGUAAAUAUACUGUUGUGGCUGAUUACGAGAGAGGUUCAGAUGAGCUGCUGGUAAAGAGUGGAGAUCUUGUUCACAUAAUACAUGAAGAGGAUGGUGGAAUGUGGUAUGUGAAGAACCUGAGUACCAAUAAGGAAGGUCUGGUACCUGCUAGCAACCUAAUGACUCUCAUAGGCACUUCCAAAUCUGCCCUCUCUUUAAGCAGCUCUGAAUCGGGACCCGCUUCAAGCACUUUAAGCACAUCUUCUAGCUGUAGUGAGAGCUGCAAUGCAGGCACCACCAGUUUCUCUGAUAUCAAGGGUUGAGCCAAAGCUCCAUGUAUGGAAAAUGUGAACCAGUGCUGAGAGUCCAGAAGGAAGGAGGAGAGAGAAAAGGCACUUCCCCUUCAAGUACAGCAACAUGAGCUGCUGGACCAGCCACUACACAUUCUGUCUCCUUAACCCACAGCAGUGCUUUCCAUCAAAUGCAUGCUAGCAGACCGAGCUGUCAGCUAGAGGAGUAGUAAGAAAUGGGACUAAGGGUGACCUGUGUCAGAGAAAUCUGCCUUCAAAUGCCGCACUUAUUUGAAGAAUCGUUUACAGCUCUAAAAAAAUAAAAUGUAAAGUGUUUACAAAGAAACAUUUUACCCUGCUACAAAGAACUUUAUCCCUGCUGUGGAACAUGAUGGCAUCCUUGGAUUCCGUGGCUCUGUACAAUUCUAAUGAAAGGAUUAAAAAACAAGCAAAACUGUUUUGCUUUUUAGACCUUUUUUAUGUGCAGUGGGGCUUUUUGCCACUAAUUAAUUUCUAAAGGAAUACCACUUUUACAAGAUUCAAUUUACUGAAAUAUUUGAUACAAAGUUAUUUUUCCACAGUCUUAAAGCCAACAUUUGUAAUUGUGGACUAGUAGUCUUUACAUUUUCUAUGGUUUUUUUUUGUGUUGGAUAAAAUUGCUGCUCUCCCAUUCAUGCUGUGUCUUAGCAUGUUGAAGCAUAUAAUGGCUUCCCUCUAACAUAUUUCUUUGGCUGGAAAGACUGGAAGAAAACACAGCUACAGCAGAUUUAAUGCAUGACAUUUUAUUAUACCAGAAUAGUAACAUGAGUCAGAUAACCUGUCCCUGUGCUGAGCCCUAAUAGUCACUAGUCACUACUGACUGGGUAUGGAUCAUGCCACUUUGGUUCUCUUUCUUCACUGCCAUAAAUGUUCCAUUGUUUGCUUACACUUAGUACAACAAAAUCAGAAGUGUUACUGACCCAUAACACACUAAAGCACCCACAAACAUUUGUUUGUAAAUAUAUAAAUAUAUAAAAAUGGGGAACUGCAGUUAAAAACAAUAAAUAUGGAUACAGAGAAUAAUUAAGGGUGUUGCCAAAUAUUAACACCGUCAGUAAAACUGUAGGAUCCUAAUGACCUUCUGUGUGGUGUCACAGGGAACUGUAAACCAGCUGAGGAGGUCGAAUCUUAAAAUUGAAAAAAGAUUGAAUCUAUUUUCAGCUGAAACCUGAAAGGCUUCUAAGUCAGAUUGUACAGACUGAAAGAUUUUUACAAGCUGUAUAUUAAUGUAUGUAUAUGUAAACAUAUAAAUGUAUGCCUUUGCACAGUGCUUAAUGGGUAACAUUCUUCAUAAACCAGCCAUUUACUCAGUUCAGAGGAUGAGCUGAAUAUGUGCACACCAAGGAUGCAUCCAGCAAUCACAGGUCUACACCAUUUCAGUUGCUGAUGUUUCCAGAUUAUUGUAAAGCAAUCAUUUCAGCAUGGUUUUGAUAUAAUAUGCCCUAUUUUUAUUUCUUUAAGUGCAAUAAAUAGCCAUAUGUUAUAAGCUGAGCCACCCCUACACCUCUUAAAGAUUUGUCUAUCAACAGGCUUUCUAGAAGAGCGCAGUUGGCUCUAGAGUGGAAUACGUGGCCUCUGGUUAUUCUGGCUUUGUGAACAAAUUUGCAUUAGCCUUAAGAUGGCUGCACAUAAGCAAUAUGUUUGGCCAAUCUAACCACAUUGACCUGCCUUUAGCCUUUUGAAGACUAUGAGUGCAAUCUAUUUGAAUCUCCUAGCCAGUUACUUAUUGACUUUAUAUUUUAACAGGAAGUCUGUUACCCUCAAAUUUACAGUAGGGAUUUAUCCCCUGUAUUCUAACUUACCUUUGUGAAUUAGUUUCAAUGCCAGAACAUUUUCAGAUUCAGUUGCUGUUCAAAAUCACCAGUGCCACAUGUUCUAUUCAAGGGAUCAUCUUUAUUGGCUUUGAACCUUGUCAUUGAACACCUCAAUUAAUUCCUUAAUACUGCCUUGUGUAAUAUGGACUAACCCAUAUCUAUAUAUGUGUACAUUAAGGGCCUAUUAAAAAAAACAGUGUAAAAAGCUGUUUAAAACAAAUGGCGAAUUUUGGUGUCCAAAUGCCAGAUUUGGCGCCUUUAUUUUAUGCAAUUUCUGGCAGACUAAAAAAUUACACUGUUUUUCGCCGCAAAGACUGGCAAUGUAUGCCGAAUUCUGUCGCCGUUUUUUACACAGCAUAAUAAAUAGGCCCCGUAGGAACGUUGAUUAUCUUGGUGAGUAGUAGCAGGUCUAAUUUGUUUUUCUUUUCUCCCUGCAGUCGUUUCUUGGGACCAUUAUUGUUUCCAUGUGUCUUAAAAGGGAAAUAUAUCUUAUUAAUUUACUUUCAUAUUUUCCACAAGACUUUAACAUUCUGCAUAUUGUAUGAUUGCUUAAAGAGAGACUAUCAACAAGAAGAGCAAAUAUACCUUAUAUUUUUGACCUAUAGAUGGUGCUGUUCUGGAAGAAUGUCUCUGCUAAUUCAAGUCCAUUUGUAUAAUCAAGUAUGGGGUGAAAGAACAUACGUUAUCAUCCAUUAAAAGAAAAUAAAUGUAACAUUCAAGUUAAUUUAUAAAAAGGAUAUAUUUUUUGUGUAAAACUCAUUUCAGAGGCCAAGACAAUCUCUGACACCCACUGUUAAUACUAAACAAGCGUAAAACUUGUUAUUAGCAAUUUGCACAGAUGUUGGCUUCUCAACUAUGCUGUAAGUUAUUUGUAAAUAAUUUGUAAAUUAUUAGACUGUUCUUAAUGAUAUUGUGUAGAUAGACACUGUGCAAAGCUUUCUCCUGUCACUGUCAUGUGUAUAUUGAUUUCUAAAUACUUGUGACUGCACUUUACAGGCCACACCUCAUAUGCUUUUAUUUUCUACUGCCGAUGUAAAUUUCAGAAUGCAAUGUGAAAUAUUGUUUUAUGAAAGUUUACUGAAUACAUUUCAAUGUGUUACUUG